CCUAGCCGCAGUUUGAAUAAACAAGAUGGCGGAAAAUUUGAGUGUUCCUGCAGAUUUUGCUGAAUCAAAACAAAAAGGUGUGAAUAUGAACCUGUUACCCCCAUCAGCAUUCCAAACCAAAACACGACAGGGAGAUCCCUGGAAGGAAAUUGCUAAAGCCACAGAGGAAGUUGUCAAACUAAAGAUUGAAAACACCAAACUCAAAGAGGCACAGAGCAAGUCACCAGAACCAACAAUUGCCCAGCCAGUACCAGCACCAGUAAUACAGGAACCAGCUCAGAGAGCCCCUCCACCUGAAAUCUGCAAAUACUCUUCAAAAAAGGAGGAUUUCAAAUAUAUUGAUGAACUGAUCAACAAACAGGCGUGUGAAAUUACAGAAUUAAAGAAUGAACUGAGAUCUUUGAAAUGCCAGCAUAGAGAAGAAAUGACAGAAAUGGAAAGGCAGUUAACUCUGAAAGAGAGAGAAUAUACUCAUCAAGUUACCUCCCUUGAAGUAGAAUUGAAAGCUGCAGAAGACCGAUAUGAAAGUCAGAUGGAUAGGUUAAGUCGGGAACAUCACAGGGAGGCAGAUAACCUGAGAGGAACCAUAGACAAACUUCAGGAGGAACUGGAAAAUAUCAAAACCCGGUCAUCAGAGAGGAUCAGUGACUUAGAAACAACGUAUGAAAACUUCAAACGUAACAGUGAUGAGCAAGUGGAAAAGUUGAUGCAAGAAUUAAAAUCUAAAGAAGUUACUAUGGAGAAGCAGGUGAAACAGAUUGGUCAAUUAAAGAAGUACAUUGGCGAGACAGAGAACCUGCCAAAGCCCAAAGAUAUAGCUAGGAAAGAGAUGGAAUCCAUGGUAGCUAAAUUAAAGACAUAUGAAUCUGAGAGAGAAAACAUGAACUCUACCAUACAGCUGUUGAACAUCAGGUUGAAUUCAAUGAAUGAGAUUUUGAAACUUCAGGAGUUAGAACUGAGUAAGGGGAAGCCAUACUUUGUUGACAUCCCGUCACUAGAUCAGACUGUAGACUGCAAAAUAUAUUCGACAUGUGUUAUAGCAUUGUAUGUUAAAUCAACGAUCGAAGUUGUAGACGUACACGUGACUGUCAGCUUCUUAGAUAACUUUGAGUUUGGUCCAGUACGGAGCGUGACACAUAAAGGUGAAACAAUGUACCAAGCGGAUCUUUCAUUUGAGCAUUUCAUGCACGGGAAGGAAAAAAUCUGCUUCGUGGCAAUAGAUAAAAAUGGAAUAAGCCUUGCCUUAAAUAGGUAUAUAUAUAUACUGAUGGAAGAGAUUGAAAGAUUGUUACUUACUACAUUGACGACUGUCAUGCCAAUGCAUGCAAUGGACAUGGGCUCUGUAAAGAUAAGGUUAAUGGGUUUGACUGUGAAUGUUUCUCACGUUACAAUGGAACAAAAUGCGAGAUUGAUAAAUGCCCAACCCAAUCAGCUGGAAACAUGA